AAACACACGUUUUUUAUAUUUCGUGGGGCUGAGGAUAGUGAUUUUUAUUUAUUUUUUUUUUUUUGGUUCUUCAUUUUUCAGGAAAUCUCCGGAAAAUUGCUCAUAGCUCUGCGAUCAUUUCCCCGAGUUUUCUAUCUGCUCCGAGAAAAAAUUCAUUACAUCAUAAAAUCCGAUAUCAUUCGGGUUCUCCAAUUGCCUGGCAUUGGCACUGGGGAGCUUUUAAUUUAGAUCACAAUCGUUUGGUUCGGUAAUUUAUUCGUAGAUGGGCACGUCUGAAGCAGCUCUGCGAAUCUUUUCUGGGGUCAUACCUCGUGCUUUAUUUUCAAACUCGUAUUCGAACAAUUUGGACUCCACAUUUUCGUUUAAAUCACAAGUGAAGUUAGUGAAGAAACAUAGCCAUUUUUCAAAAUGCUCGAGUAGGCUAUUACAAGGGUUACAGACAGGCUUUUGUGGGAAAAGGAGAAGUAAUCGUCGCCUGUUAUACAGUUGCAAAUGCCAACAAGCAGAAAGUGGACCAGAAAGUGGAAAUGGAACAUGGUUCUUGGAUAGUUCAAAGACACCACAUCCAAUCAACAACAAACCAAAUGGAUCAAAUGCUUUGGAACUUCAAGAUGUUCAAUAUGCAAAACAGGAAAUCAGGAGCCCGAUUUCUAGUGGCACAAAUGGAGCUGUUAUAGACUCCUCUAGUAAGAUUAGUAUCGAGUCCAUUGAGGAUGAGGCAUGGGACUUGCUUCGGGAAUCCAUUGUUUAUUAUUGUGGCAGCCCGGUCGGAACAAUUGCUGCAACAGACCGUACUAGUUCUAAUUUACUGAACUAUGAUCAGGUCUUUAUACGCGAUUUCAUACCUUCUGGAAUAGCUUUCUUAUUGAAGGGAGAGUAUGAUAUUGUUCGCAAUUUUAUCCUCCACACGCUUCAGUUGCAGAGCUGGGAGAAAACUAUGGACUGUCACAGUCCCGGUCAAGGAUUAAUGCCUGCUAGUUUCAAGAUACGCACAGUUCCUUUAGAUGGUGACGACUCGGCAACAGAAGAGGUUUUGGAUCCUGACUUUGGGGAGGCAGCAAUUGGUCGUGUUGCACCUGUCGACUCAGGAUUGUGGUGGAUAAUUCUAUUGCGUGCGUAUGGAAAAUGCUCUGGCGAUCUCUCGGUUCAGGAGAGAGUUGAUGUCCAAACUGGGAUCAAAAUGAUAUUGAGGCUUUGUCUUGCUGAUGGCUUUGAUAUGUUCCCUACUUUACUGGUAACUGAUGGUUCUUGUAUGAUAGAUCGUCGUAUGGGAAUUCACGGUCACCCUCUGGAAAUCCAAGCACUUUUUUAUUCAGCAUUACUCUGUGCACGCGAGAUGCUUACUCCCGAGGAUGGAUCGGCUGAUCUUAUCCGUGCGCUCAACAAUCGUCUGGUUGCUCUAUCAUUUCAUAUCAGAGAAUAUUAUUGGGUCGAUUUGAGAAAGCUAAAUGAAAUUUAUCGCUACACGACUGAAGAGUACUCAUAUGAUGCAGUAAACAAAUUCAACAUCUACCCUGAUCAAAUUCCUUCUUGGUUGGUGGAAUGGAUGCCUAAUAAAGGAGGUUAUCUAAUUGGAAACUUGCAACCAGCUCACAUGGAUUUCCGAUUCUUUUCUCUAGGAAAUUUGUGGUCUGUAGUGAGUAGUCUUACUACAAUAGAUCAGUCACAUGCCAUUUUGGAUCUCAUUGAAUCCAAAUGGGGGGAUUUAGUAGCAGACAUGCCUCUCAAGAUUUGUUAUCCGGCUCUUGAAGGUCAGGAAUGGCAGAUUAUCACCGGCAGCGAUCCGAAGAACACGCCUUGGUCGUACCACAAUGCAGGUUCUUGGCCAACAUUACUGUGGCAGCUCACAGUCGCUUGUAUAAAGAUGGAUAGACCAGAAACCGCAGCAAGAGCCAUUGAGAUCGCCGAGCGACGUCUGGCGAGAGACAAGUGGCCCGAAUACUACGACACGAGAAAAGGAAGGUUUAUUGGAAAACAAGCACACCUAUUCCAAACCUGGUCAAUUGCAGGAUACCUCGUGGGCAAGCUCCUGCUCGCAGAACCGAGUAAGGCCAAAAUUUUAAUAACCGAAGAGGACUCGGAUCUUGUCAAUGCCUUCUCCUGCAUGAUCAGUUCGAGCCCGAGAAGAAAGCGUGGCCAGAAGAACUCAAAUCCGACUUUCAUAGUUUAAGUUGUCCAGAACAAAGCUUGGUUGGUGCUACGCUAUUUCAACUGGGUGCAGCCAAGGGGCUGGCUGCUACUUUCCCAAAUUUAUGGUCUAAGGUAUAUCCAAGCUCAAUACUUCCUAUAGCCGGUUGUAGCAUAUUUUGUCAUGUUCUUUUUUAAUACAAGUGGAGAAUACGAACUCGUGUCAAUGAGUGUAUUUGUCAUCUUACCAUUUGUUGUAUGGCUAAGUUGAGUUUAUACAGGCUUAUUCACUUAUUUAUACAUAUAUAAUAUACUGUGUUACAUGUA